AUGGAUAUGGCAUCCCCCGCUGCAUUCAAUGUCUUAGCACAAAUCAAUGCCACACCCAGGAGCAAAAACAGAACCUGUCAUGUUAUCAACAUAAAUGAAGAAGUGCUUAUUUUUGCAAUCUUCACUAUGCUUUUCUGUGUGUUGGGAAUGUUGGGCAACGGGCUCAUGUUCUGGUUGCUGGGCUCCUCCGUUAAGAGGAACACUUUUGCCAUUUAUAUUGUCAACCUCUCUGUUGCAGACUUUGGUUUUCUCACCUUUGAGCUGAUUAUCGAAAUCCAUGGGCUUGCUACCCAUUUCUAUUGUGGCUUUCCCUACGAACUCUUCCAAACGGGCCUGCUGUUAAUGUACAGCGCGGGGCAAUUUCUCCUGACAGUCAUCAGCAUCGACAGGUGUCUUUCGGUCCUCUUCCCAAUUUGGUAUCGAUGCCACCGUCCGGUGCACCUGUUCACUAUUGUGUGUGCUGUCAUCUGGACCACUUCCUUCAUCCUCUCUUCAAUUUACUUCACAAUUAUAGCCAUGGCUAAAUUUGAAGUGGAAAAUGUCAUUGUGUAUCCAUUCAUCGUUAACGCUGUGCUUUGUCUCCCACUGAUGACCAUCUCCAGUGUCACCUUAUUUGUCAAAAUCUGCUUCGUAUCCAAAAGCCAAAGGCGGAGGAAGCUUUUGACAGCUAUUUUGCUCACGCUUUUCUUCUUUUUAGUCUUGGCUUUUCCACUAAAUGUUUUUUAUUUGAUUUGGUAUAUUAUACCGUCUAAACAUAUUGUACAUUAUGGCUACUUAUUUGCCUGCAUCAACAGCAGCAUUAACCCUCUGAUCUAUUGCCUGGUGGGGAGACCGAAGAGUAUAACUCGGAGAAGCAUCAAAGACUUGCUUCAGAAAGUUUUCAAGGAGGAAGAAUAUAGUACUGAUAACAUGGAAAUUUCAGAAGGUUCCAAGGUCUGUUGUCAUUCAAAAGAUAUAUUCAUUUCUUCCCAAGCAAGCCCAUAA